AUGCCUAGGCGUCUGGAUGGCCGCCUCCUUUUCGGCUGUGGUCCCUGUAGGCCCAAAUGGGUAAAAGUUGUUGACAAUAUCUACACCGGAAACCACUCGUUUCUAGGAUUUUCGCAAAUAGAGGAGGAUGCCCCUAGUUAUUAUCGAGAGUAUGAUGAUUUAGUGGAUCAUUUUACUAGGAUGGCGUACUCAGAGCUGCCAAACGAAGCCGAACGGAAGAAGGUUCGUCUGGCAGGAAUAAAGGGGCUUCAGGGCGUUGUUAGGAAAACUGCUAGGGGUCAACUGCGAAUGAAUGCUCUGCAGAGCAUGGAGAAAAUUAUUCCAGCACUCCUUUUCAAUAUUCACGAAAAACCACCAAAUGAUAACGAGGCGGAUGAAUCUGAACCUGGAUGCCAAGCCGUGUUCGUGUUCAAAGAUGUAGUAUGCCGUGCUUCUUUCACAAACCUCAUCCCUGUUGUUUCCGCAAUGAUUACGCAAGUUGUUGUUCACUUUGAUAACCAUAGACUGUGGACUCCCAGCGAUUUCCCUCUUCUAGUUUUCGGAUACUUGUUGGAUUCUAUUAAGAACAUGCAAGUCGCCCACAAUCUCGUAAAGGAACUCAUCAAUUAUCUGCGUAAAAGUGACACAAGAUUAACUACUCUUCAACGAAUUUCCGUUGUUAUGGUAAGCUGUCAUCCAUUUUGUACAGUUCCUUGA